CUGCUUCAUCACCUAAUUUGUUAUUGUACUAAAAAAAAAUUCUUUAUUGAACAUUUUCUGUCGAAUGUUACUUUGCUAUUAAUGGGUUUAACUUUGUAAGUUUUUGUUCAUUCAAAUUUAUGAAUUGUGUGAUGUACACACAUAUCUAUAGUAUUUGAUUGUAUGGUUUGCUUCUAUAUCUUUCAAGGUAAAUAUCAACCAAAAUAUUUGCCGGUAAAGAAGCCAUCUUGUGAUAAAACAUAAAGACAAUGUAAAUAUUGUCCUAUUCUUGUUAGAAUUGAACUAUUCAAACAUCCUGGAAAGAUAAUUCUUUAAAAUGGGCGUAGAAAAACUUUUAGAAUACUUGGAUAGUGGUAAAAUAGAAGGUAGUUGUGUCAAUGUUAAUCUAACACAAUUAGGACAUACUGUUUCACAACAACUUGCUAAAAAAAUGGUUGUGCGUAAAAUUUCUCAAAUUUUGCCAUCAAUAUCAAAAGGGCAAUUCAGCCUUCUUGUGGAUGCCGAAUGCUGUUUAGAUCGUCUAUAUGGAGGAUACUAUUCUGAUUGGGUUUGUGGAGGACAAUGGAAUAGAAUGGUGUCAUUUUUAUCAAAUUUUGUCAAUAGUUUACGUCAAUCAAAUGUUCAUGUUGUUGUAUUUUUUAAUGGUUCUUUUGAAAAUGAACGCUUUAAUGAAUGGGUUCUAAAACAAGAAGAAACAAGAAAUAGAGCUAAUGCUAUUUUAAGACAUAUAGCUGCUAAAGGAACGCCCCCUCCAAAAGUUUGGUGGAUACCACCAAUAUGUUUAAGAACUGCUGUAAAAUUAUAUUUCCACCAUUUAAAAAUUCCAGUAAUCUGCUCAGUAGAUGAUCAUCACUUGGAAUUUAUAAAAUAUUGUCGCCAAUAUAAGUUUCAUGGCUUAAUGGCUGAUGAUGCUGAAUAUUUAGCAUUCGAUCCACCACGAUUUUUUUCUGCUCAUUCUCUUAAACUUACAAGACAACAAACAUUAGAAGCUAAAGAAUAUAUUGUUUCUCGUUUAAUUGAAGAUUUAAAGCUAAACAAAGAUAAACUUUGUGCAUUGUUAUCUCUUUUAGGAAAUUUUGUUCUACCACAACAUGAACUAUUUGACUACUAUAAAAGAUGUGGCAUAAAUCAAAUAGUAUCAAAGGUAAUUGGCGAAGAAAUUGUAAAAAAAAUUGUUGACUCUCUACAAGAUUUACCACCAAUUAAAAACAAUUUUGUUGAAGUAGCUACUCAUAUACUUGGCCAUAAAGAUGAUAAACGUGUUCCAAAAUUGGCUAAGAGUAUGCAGUAUUACUUAAAUGCAAUUAUAGAAAAUUCAGCUAAAUCCAAGAUUGUGACACUAGAAAAAAUAAAAAAUUUUAAAAACAAAACUAAUGAAGAACCUAUUAAUAUAACAGAAUCAAAAAAAUUAGGAUCUGAAAGUCUAAACACUCAGAUGGAAAAUUUAGUAAUAUUGGAAGACUCAAUGUCUGCUUCUAAUUCAUAUUGUUUAAUUAAUCAACCUGUAUUGUCAGAUAAAUUUUCGAACAAUAAAGUUGAAAUCAAUGUACCUAAUGUAGCUACUGAUGUAUUAAAAACCGCUUAUGAUAGACACACAACAGGCUUAAUGUCUACAUAUGUGUAUCACAUUUUAACCAAAGCUGAAAUAAAAUUACCUGUUAUAUUAGAAGAUGAUUUAAAUCACGAAAUACCAAGUGCUCAUAUAUUCUAUAGGCAAGCACGACAAAUGGUUUAUGGAAUUUUAUUCAAUCUUCAUCAUGCUCAUUAUUUAGCUAAAAAUACAAGUACUGUUCAGAAAGCUGAUACACCUGUUAUUCAAGUGCGUGAGUGGAUUAGAGACAAAGCUAACAUUUAUAAGCAUUAUAAUUUAGUAAAUGCUGAACCUUUAGGAUGGGGUGUUCCAACUGUUCAUCGACUUUGGUUUGGAACAACUCCAGAAGAUAAUAUCAGACGUUUAAGAGCAUUUUUAACAUGUAUGCGCUCAGAUACACCACUUAUGUAUAAUACUGAUUAUGUACCUCAGCAUACAUUAAUAAUUGCUUCUGUGUUACGGUAUAUUAUGUCAAACUCGGAAGUACCAAUCCUUCAAAAGUAUGAACUAGAUGCCUUCAUAAUUACUGCUGUUGCACCAGAAUUAUCAAAAAAUGAAAACACUCAAGAACUUCAAGGAACUGUUAGUGUAAGAGGUGUACAAUUGGCAACACUUUUAAUGAGUGGUGUUGAAACAGCUAUGUUAGUAAAUGAUGCUUGUGGUGCUCCUGUUCCGUGGCUUAUGUCUUGUCCAUGGAUGUAUUUUGAUGGUAGACUAUUUCAGUAUCAUUUAGCUAGAGCCCAAACAGCAAGCAAACUUGAAGAUUUAUGUGAAAAUCAGUUUUCUUUAGUGAUUAAAGUUGAAAAAAUGCGUCAAGCUAUUCUACAUGGUCUCGGUGAACGUUUUCAGUUAGUACCACAAUAUCAAGGAUCUUUUAUAGACACUAUUUUAAGUAAAAGAGGAACAGUGCCAAUUCCACCUCAAAUGAUAGGAAGUAAUAUUGCUCAAGGAAUACCAUCAUAUUCACAUCCAAGUAGACAAAACAGAUUGAUUAAUCAAAAUUCAAGUCGCUUUCAAGAAGUUCAAAAUACUAGGCAAAGAGCUAUAGUAAAACAAUCUUCAGGUGGUCAGUUGGAAGUUGCUGGAGCUGUAGUUGGUAUUUGGGGUGCAAAUUAUAACAUGACUGCUACAGGAAAUCCGUAUAUGGGCAGAAAUACUAUUUUGCCAUCACAACAUAUGAUGCCACCUAUAGGAGGACCAAGUUCUUUAUAUCAACGUGAUCUCUCAUCAAGGCUAGUUUAUAGUACACGCCAUUAUUCCAAAACUAUAAAAGGACGUAGUACAAAUGUAAAAACUCAGAAUUCAAAAAAAAAAUUGGUUCAUAAUUUAGUUAAAAAAGAUAAUUAUUUGAAAAAAUCUUCUUUAAAAAAUCGUAGUAUUGACACAAAAAAUCCAACUUCAAGUGAAAAGAUUCUGACUUCAGAAUCUUUAAAAGAAUCAAAAAUGUCUAUAUUAAAUAAAGAAGAGACCGAUGAUAGUAAGGCUAGUGGUAUUAUACCUGUUAGGGUACCAAUUUUGAAUGGAAAUUAUUCAUUUGAGGAACAAAUUGAUAAUGCUGCUAAAAUAGGAAAGGGUAUAUCUAAAACUGCAUCUCAAGAUUCAGACAAUUUGUCAUGUAAUCAAAACCAUCUAUAAUAGAAAAUUAAUUUUCUAUCAAUUUUCACGGAUCAAACAUGUAGUUAAGAGUCAAAUUAUCAACUCAAUUAAAUAAAUUAAAUUUGAGCUUUUUUGUAAAUAUUAUUUUCAAUUGUUAGACAUAAAUGUCUUACUAAUGUUAGUCAUUAUUAUUAACUAUAUGUAUCCUUUUUUUAUGUAGUUUCAUUCUUAUUUUUGUAAAUUUUGCUAAAGUUUUUGUUAUAUCUUAAGCACCACGGAUGUAACUUUGUUAUCCGAUUUGUGAACAUCAAAAGACUGAUAUUUAAAGUGUUGUAUCAAACAUAAUCUUAUGUUAAUAUGACCAUGGUGAUAAUAAUUAGAUAUUAACGUUACUAUAUUUUUAAAUCAAAUGAGAAAAUCAUAUGAAUCGUUAUCCUUUGACUACUGUCCAAAAGUAUUAUUGUCAUGGUGAUUAAAUAUAAUCAUAUUUUUUUAAUUUUUAAAUCUUGGAACAUUAUUUCUCAAAACGUGAUUUUUAAUUGUUAACAAAAAUAUGUAAGUUGAGCAUAGAGCAUAUAACAGCCUCUCUUAUACUAAAAAAUUAAUAAAGGAAAAUAUUGAAAGUGAGUGAAAAAAGCUUAAAUACUUUUUUUUUAAAUACAAAGCAAUAUUUGUAUACAUGCUUUUAUAAAAUCGGUUAGUAAUAAAUAUUUUUUUCUUGACAAAUUAUAAGGUAACUAUGUAUUAAAGUACCUACUAUAAAUGGAAUUUUUCAAUUUUAAAAGGUAUAUCGUUUACAAAAGUAAUUUACGUAGUAAAUUUUAUAUUAAAUUUAAACAAAACAUAUUAAAUAACAUACAAUAUCAUAGUGAAAUUUUAUUCUUAAUUAAUAAUAUAUUCUUAAAAAUUAAUUGAUUUUUUAAUAAUUUAUUGUAUCCAAUUAAUAGAGUAGUGACUCUUGCUUUUGUCAGUUUAUUAUAUUUAUUUAAUGUAAACUUUUGUGUAAUCAUCUAUUUCCUUGAUUAAUAUUGUUUUGAAUUUUUAUCGAUUAUUAUCAUGUAAAAUAUUUUUGAUUAACCAAACAUAACUACAUGUGUUAAAAUUUGAUAUGCUGUAUGUUGUUACAUUACUGUGUAUUUUAUAACAUUAAUUAUUCCUCUUCUAUAUUGUUUUAGUAUAAAUUUUUUAAUUUUUAAUUUAGAAUACUAACAUUAAUAAAUAUUUUUUUAUUGUAACUAACAUUCAAAAUGUAUUAAUAUUGUUAAAUUGAAUUAAAAUUCUAAUUGUGUUAAUGUAUUCACUAUUGUCAAAUUGAAGAAUUUUCCAUGUUAAAAUAUAAAUUAGUCAUGUAUUAA